GCACCACCAGGGAAGCCCUUGAACACAUUUUUGUAUAAAUGUGAACACAGGCAGGUUUUGGUUUGGCCUGGGGAGGAUUAGAAACCACAGCGGUGGGAGUCCUUGCUGGUGGCAUCCGUGUGUCGUGGCCACAACUGGGGGCACCCCCGCCUGCAUCCUGUCCUUCAGUCCCUCUGGGAGGAGGAACCCAGGGUAGCGAGACUUAGCCAGUGCAAAGCGGGAUUGGGACCUGGCCACCUGAUUUGAUAGUGCACACUAUUAAUGGCUGGUUUUAUUUCCUCCUCCAUCACUCAUGUCCCAGGGCAUUUAUUUAUUUGCCUUAUUAAUUUUAUCUGACAACCCAUCGUCUUAGGUACCCCUUAAGGCCAUCCUCCCGUGGUGCCUGAUGCCUUCUGCCCUGAGCGCCUGCGCUCUCACCCUGAGCUGGGCUCCAGCACCUGGGCUUUGCCCAGCUCUGCCUUCUCUGCCAUCUCUGCCCAGCUCUGCCCAGCUGUGCCCCAGCUCUGCCCAACUCUUCCCAGCUCUGCCCCAGUUCUGCCCCAUUUCUGCCCAGCUCCGCCUAGCUCUGCCCCACCUCUGCCCCGUCUCGACCCAGCUGUGCCCCAGCUCUGCCCCAGCCACUGGCCCCAGAGCACCCCAGCCUCUGGAGCUUUGAUCCCCUCCCCUGCAGAGGAGGAAGGUACCAGGUGGUCCGGGAGGAGAUGUAAACACAAUGUCUAUCCUGAGGAGGGUCCAGACAGAGGGGCCCGUGAUGCACCGAAACGUCCGCUACAACUGCAGGGUGAUCUUUCUCAACAGGAAGAUCCUGCUCAUCAGACCCAAAAUGGCCUUGGCCAACGAGGGCAACUACCGAGAGCUGCGCUGGUUCACCCCGUGGUCCCGGAGCCGGCAAACAGAGGAAUAUUUUCUCCCCCGGAUGAUACAGGACCUGACAAAGCAGGAAACCGUGCCCUUUGGGGAUGCUGUCCUCUCCACCCAGGACACGUGCAUCGGGAGUGAGGUCUGCGAGGAACUCUGGACACCCCACAGCCCACACGUGGACAUGGGCCUGGACGGCGUGGAGAUCUUCACCAAUGCCUCAGGCAGCCACCACGUGCUGCGCAAAGCCCACGCCAGGGUGGACUUGGUGACCAUGGCCACCACCAAGAACGGCGGGAUUUACUUGCUGGCCAAUCAGAAGGGCUGUGACGGGGACCGGCUGUACUACGACGGCUGUGCCCUGAUAGCCAUGAACGGCAGCAUCUUUGCCCAGGGGUCCCAGUUCUCUCUGGACGACGUGGAAGUCCUCACCGCCACGUUGGAUUUGGAGGAUGUCAGAAGCUACAGGGCAGAGAUUUCAUCUCGAAACCUGGCGGCCAGCAGAGUGAGCCCCUACCCCCGCGUGAAGGUGGACUUCGCCCUGUCCUGCCACAAGGACCUGCUGGAGCCGCUCUCUGAGCCCAUUGAGUGGAAAUACCACAGUCCCGCCGAGGAGAUCAGCCUCGGACCCGCAUUCUGGCUCUGGGAUUUUUUAAGACGUAGCCAACAGGCGGGGUUCUUCCUGCCCCUGAGCGGCGGGGUGGACAGCGGGGCCACCGCCUGUGUCGUCUACUCCAUGUGCCACCAGGUCUGCGAGGCUGUGAAGCGCGGAAGUCAGGAAGUGCUGGCCGAUGUCCGGACCAUUGUGAACCAGACCAGCUACGCCCCCCAGGACCCCCGGGAGCUCUGCGGCCGCAUCCUGACCACCUGCUACAUGGCCAGUGAGAACUCCUCCCGGGAGACGUGCAACAGAGCCAGAGAUCUCGCGCAGCAGAUCGGAAGCCACCACAUCCGUCUCAACAUCGACCCGGCCGUGAAGGCCGUCGUGGGCAUCUUCAGCCUGGUGACGGGUAAAAGCCCUGCGUUUGCAGCUCACGGAGGAAGCAGCCGGGAGAACCUGGCCCUGCAGAACGUACAGGCGCGGGUGAGGAUGGUCAUUGCCUACCUCUUCGCUCAGCUGAGCCUCUGGUCCCGGGGCGCCCCAGGCAGGCUUCUCGUGCUCGGAUCUGCCAACGUGGAUGAGAGCCUCCUCGGCUACCUGACCAAGUACGACUGCUCCAGCGCAGACAUCAACCCCAUAGGCGGGAUCAGCAAGACGGACCUGAGAGCCUUCGUCCAGCUCUGCAUGGAGCGCUUCCAGCUUCCCGCCCUGCAGAGCAUCCUGGCAGCACCGGCCACUGCCGAGCUGGAGCCCUUGGCCCACGGACGGGUGUCCCAGACUGACGAGGAAGACAUGGGAGUGACCUACGCGGAGCUGUCGGUCUAUGGGAGGCUCCGGAAGAUCGCCAAGAUGGGGCCCUACAGCAUGUUCUGCAAACUCCUCUACGUGUGGAAGGACGUCUGCACCCCCAGACAGGUGGCCGACAAAGUGAAGCGGUUCUUCUCGAAGUAUUCCACGAACAGACACAAGAUGACCACACUGACCCCCGCGUAUCACGCCGAGAGCUACAGCCCAGACGACAACAGGUUCGACCUGCGGCCGUUUCUGUACAACGCCCGCUGGCCUUGGCAGUUCCGCUGCAUAGAAGCUCAGGUUCUCCAGCUGGAGAGCAGACAGCAUCAGGACCUGGACGGCGUGGACUGAGCCCGGGUCCUGCGCAGACGGCUCCCCUCCCGUGAGGAUGCUCGUGCUACGUCUGCCUUGCUGGUGACUGUGCAGGAGUGGCUGGCGUGUCGACAAGCCCCGUCUGACAUAUUUCAGGGAGAGGGAUCUUUUCGGUCUAGUUUCUUUAAAAAAGGCUGAAAUACAAGAGGAUGCGAUUUUAAA